AUGGAUGCGAUGCGAGACCCUCACUAUGCUGGGAUGGUCGCAUCAAUGCCCCAGAAUACAUUUGUUGAAGCCCUGCAUCUUUUAUCGCCGGGCUAUUUCAUAGAUCCGUAUCGUGAAAUACACCGACCACUCCAUCCUUCGACAGUACAAGCGAAAGGAUACAAGUCACUAAAGUCUAUCUGUGAUGACUUUAUAAACAACAUCGCGGCAAUUGUGCAGCUCCGUCAGUCUGCAGGAAACUACCUAGGUCUAGCUGAAUACACGCAUCUGCUAGACUGCGCGCGGUCAAUUGGCAAUGCGGUAGUGGCAGACAGGAUCUGGUACGGCAUGAAGGAAAGUGAAGUGCAUCCGGAUGUGCAAUGCUACAACUACUACAUGGAAGCCAAGGUCUGGGAUGGGGCGUACACUGGUCGGGAAAAGUACAACCUGCGAAUGACCCCAUUUGCUUAUCGCAAGCGAAGGUUCGUCGAUCCCAAUGAAGGCUGGCAGGGCUACGGGGCUGCUGGUCGAAGUGUCCGCAAAGAGGUACUGGAUAUCUUCAAUGAGAUGACGGAGGCAGGAUACCAAGGGAACGAGGCAACCUUUGUGAAUGUGAUUCUGGCUUGCGGCCGGGUAGGGCAUCUAAGAGGCAUCAAGAAUGUGCUGAAGACGGCGUGGAAUGUCAAUGUCGAUGCACUGCUGGCAGAGCCGGACAAUUCAAAGCUACCACCAGCAAUGACGUACAAUCCCUCGUCACCUCUACACCCUAGCAGUCGUCUCCUCUUCACAGUUGCCCAUGUGCUUGGUACAAACAACAAGAUUCCAGCUGCUCUACGUACAAUCGAGUUCAUUUCUCAUGCUUAUAGUCUCCCAGUCCCAGAAAGGGUAUGGCUUGAGUUAUUUGAACGGGCCUUCGUGCUGUCCCGUCCGCGAUUCGGCCCUGACGCAAAGCGCAAUGCUAAGGGCAAGGUCCCCUACGACUUGCUAACUGGCAUGUUCCAGACCAUGACCUCAACGCCGUACAACGUCCGUCCAACAGUUCAGAUCCACCACAUGCUCGCCAAAACAGCCUGGGACCGAGACAGGCUCUCCGAGUUCCUGCACCACAUGCGCGCUGCCUACAAUUUACUAAACGAAACUCAGCAGGAACGUAAGAAAGCAAGAUACAUAAUCGAAGAAUACCUCUGUGCGUUACACACUCGCACCAACUCUAUGCAGCGAAAUGAAACCCUCCAAUCUUCAUCUCUCGCAAACGCAGUACACAACUAUGACAUCCUCCGUCUGCACACCGCGCAACAAACCAUGAUUAUGGAACGACUUGCCCGUCUCCUGGUGAUAAACAACCGCUGGACAGGCCGCAACAAUCCAGUCUGGGAACGAUGUCUUCUCCCUCGUGCAGUCGAAGAAUGGCAGGAUUUCUUACCGGAGUCGUUCGUUUACCAUACGCGCGGGGGACUGGUGCAGUUCUGUGGAAAGACACAAUGGGGCGAGGCUUACGUCAACUACCAUGAUAGGGUUCCUAGUCAGAGUCGGGUUACUGGCGAUCCUGGUGCAGAUGGAGAGGUAGAUGGAAAAGAACAGCGUGAAGUUGAUGAUGAUUUCUUCUGGGAACGGUGUCGGUGGGCGUUCUCCUCAGUGGAUUUUGAUAAUCCGCCGCUGAAUCGGUUGUUUUGGGGAUGUGGUGCUCCGAGGUUUGGGGAUGCUGCUGGUGAUGCGGAGUAA